AAACAGCUCUGUGGAAACAGCUCUUAAAUUAGCUCUUGAAACAAGAACUGGGCAUUUGUGUGUUCAUUGAAAGACUAUUUUACUAGCAGAAAAGCAUUUAUUUCUGCACGAUACUUGGUUCAAGAAAGUACAGUCUUUGAAUAAGCACCCGUUUAAAAAGAAUGUUUUCAAGGCACGAAUUUUUGCUAACGAAUCUUAAUUCAAAUAUCGGACGGUAUUGGCGUAAGUAUCGACAGCAACUUGUCAAAUGAAUUGCGCACGCGCUCACAGUGUCAGCGUCAUUUGUGUCAAAAGUGAUUGUGAAAUUGUAUCCAGUGAAAAGUUUUCAUGGAAAAUUUUCAGUUUGUUGAAGAAGAGGAUUUCUUGGUCCAUUUGUUAGAUGUAUGGGAUGUGCCUUUCAAUUUUCAACAAAAAUUUAAGGACCUCGGUAUCACAACAAAAGACUUGGAAGAGCAUCUCGGAAGGGACGACCUUGCGUACAUUUUUAAGGAUGACUGGCGCGAGAAAAUAAAGUUCCAAAGGAACCUAGAUGACUUUAGAAAGGAAGGACAAAAGCUGCAGAAUAGUACAGAAUGCACUUGUUGCAAAAAACGAAACUUUCUGAAAACAACAGGCAAUAUCGAUGAGACUAUCCUCGGUAUUUUGUUGACAACAGUGCAGGGUAAAGGACUCUUAAAAAAGUAUCAAGAUCUCAAAACCUUGAGCUCAGAAAACCAGACCACUCUAGUGGAAUGUAUUUGCCACUUCUAUCUGGAUAGAGAAAUUAAUCUCGGAGUUAAACAAUUUCAGUUCUUAGCUGAAAACAUCGUGAAGAACUUUCCAACUGAAGUUGAGUGCGAGGAAACAAAAAAUUAACAUAUUGAGUCAGCCCACGCCUAUCGAUCCUCCGCCACUUCAGGGAGAUGUUCGGGUUCGAUCCCAAGACGUUCCAAGGCAAGAUUCUGAAUUUGAUUCAGCCACCUUGUCCUAGGUCUGCCGCGAGGUCGACGCCUUCUCACAAUGGCUUGCAUAGCUUUUUUGGGGAAUCUUUUGUAUUACACAUUUAAAACAAAUAAAAACUAUGUAAAGAAAUAGAUACUUAAUGAUGAAAUCUUGGAAUUUGAGUAAAAAUUAAUAACCAUUUUAAAUCUAUGUAAAACAUAAAUGAUAAUUACAUUAUAUCACAGAUCAAUAACAGUAAUUUCAAAGUAAAA